UAAGAUGGUUUGCCAACCGCCGAUAAAUCCAGCGAAGAAGAAGACGAACUCCAACGUGUAUGAGCUGAGCUGGCUGAUGAGAUAACGUUCUACCACUGUACGGGAAAUCGGAGCCUAACGACACUGUUGUGAUGGAGAAUGACGUCCUGGUGUCUCUGGAGGAUUUAGGGUACCAAGGCCCUCUGUUGGAGGAAGGAGCUCUGGAUUCUGCUGUGAGCAGAGGGGCAGCUUCACCUGAGUACACAAAGCUCUGUGCAUGGAUUGUCUCAGAGCUUAGACUGUACUGCAAGCUGGAGGAGAAUGUCCAUGCCACAAACUGUCCAAGUGAGGCAGAGAGCUUUCAGCUGGAGAUGAGCGGUUUGCUGUCAGAGCUCGCCUGUCCUUAUUCUGUCCUCACAAGCGGAGACAUCACCCAGAGGCUCCUGAAGAGGACCGACUGUCUGCUGCUCCUCACCUUUCUGGUGUCUGAGUUGGAGGCGUCGAGGAUGAUUCUGGUCAAUAAGCCUGAGAAGAAAGCCCAGGAGUCUGGUAGCCCUGUGUUCCAGGAACUGAAGGGCAUCUGUAUGGCGCUGGGCAUGUCCAAGCCUCCAGCCAACAUCACCAUGUUCCAGUUCUUUAGUGGAAUUGAGAAGAAGCUGAAAGAAGCUAUAAGCAGAGUCCCACCAAAUCACGUGGGAGAGCCUCUGAUGAAGAAAGCUCUUGGACCUGUGCACUUGGAAAAAAUUGAAGCUAUAAACCAGUCACUUGUAAAUGAGUAUGAAGUGAGAAGAAAAAUGUUGUUGAAGCGUCUCGAUGUGACAGUACAGUCUUUUGGCUGGUCUGAUAGAGCAAAGACGCAUGCUGAAAAGUUGGCCAAAGUCUACCAGCCGCUGCGUUCUGCGCUGGGCACCAGAAGUAAAAUAUCUGUUGCCCACCUUCUUGCUGCUCGACAAGACUUCUCCAAGAUCCUACGUACAAGCAGUGGCAAGAUAAGAGAGAAGACUGCUUGUGCCAUUAAUAAGGUUCUUAUGGGCCGAGUGCCAGACAGGGGAGGCCGACCCUGUGAGAUUGAGGCGCCUCCUCCAGAGAUGCCGUCUUGGCAGAAGCGCCAGGAUGCCCCCCAAGGUGGAGGAUACUAUGGUGGGAGUGGGCAUGGAGGCAACAGGGGGGGCUACGAUUACUACUCCCAAGGUGGCCGUGGAGGAUAUGAGAGAGGAGGCGGAGGAGGACAUGGAGACAGGGGAGGCAGAGGAGGAGGCGGCAGAGGGGGGAAGGUGCAGGGAGGCUGGGGAGAUGGAGGUGGAGGAGGGAGAGGCAGUUACAAUCAGGGCCACUAUCAAGAUGCAGGAGGUCAUCAGGGGGGAGGAGGGAGAGGUGGUUACGGAGGAGGAAACAACCAAGGAGGCUUCCAGGAUGCUGGCUACCAUGGAGGAGGAGGAGGCACUUACCAUGACAACUACCAACAAGACGGAAACUGGCAUCAGGAGAGAGGUGGGGGUCGAGGAGGUCGGGGAGGCAGGGGAAGAGGAAGUCGAGGAGGAGGAGGAGGAGGACAAGGAGGAGGCUGGGGAGGGAGAGGAGGCCAGAAUUUUAACCAAGGAGGUCAGUUUGAACAGUUUUUUCAGCACGGCGGGCAGCACUACAACCAAGCUGGUUUUAAUCAAGGCAGACACCACACCAGUUGAAGACGCAGUGUGGGGUACGGUAGCAGAGUCCAUUCAAAUCAACGGCUCAUCGCGCCUUUACAGAUUUGAAAUGCCUUAUCAUUUUGAAUUUUCAGCAUGGUUAAAAGUUGACUUAAAUAUUAAAUGAGGACAUUUAUACAGACACACAGAUACUCACUACAGAAGAGUGUUCUAAUAGUCCUUUGGUUUUUCAUACUGGUGUAUUAAUGUUUUCUCUGCCUCCUCAAGCCAAAAGCUCUGCUAGGAAUGGUUAGUUAAUGAGUUGGACUCUGCUGUUUUGACCUCAUUUUGACACUUCAUUAGCCUUAUAUUAGAUUUUUUUUUUGGAAGACAGGAAACGUUGCUAUAAUUUCAGUGUCAUCAUUAACGUAGGAUUCCUGAAAUCCUUGAUAGUUUGAUUGAAUUUAAUGUUUACUUGAAAGCUUUAUCUUUCCAGUCAACAUGUAUUUUUGUUUCAGUGAAUUUGACUGGAAUCUCAAUUGUUAUUUAAAAGAUGUCAUCUUGUACUGCUCAUGGAAGAUUUUGUGUAAACAAAUGUUGGAAAGUUUGCAUGGAUGUGUGAAUGAGCAAUAAAAUAUAAAAUGAAAAUA